AUCUGUCUAACUGACAUAUAAUAGUCAACAUUUCGGUUAUCAAUAUUUUUAUGAAUCAUCAUUAUUUUUUAUUUAGAACAUGAAAAAUUUUAGGCAUUUCUUAAGAAUAAAAAAUGUCUGAUAUUAAUUUAAAUAACUAUAGUAGUGAUACCGAGAGUUCAGACGAUGAAAUAGAACCAAAAUUGAAGUAUGUAAGACUCUCUAAUGAUGUACAGAAUAUAUUAUUGACUUCAUCAGCAACUUGUAUAGCCGUUCAUCCAAAAUUUAUAUGUUUAGGAUCACAUUGGGGAGAAAUUCAUAUCUUAGAUUAUCAAGGUAACAGCAUUCAAAACAAGGAACUAAAAGCGCAUACUGUUAGUGUAAAUCAGAUAUCAAUAGAUUUAAAUGGGGAGUUUAUUGCUACCUGUUCUGAUGAUGGAAGAGUUUUUAUACACAGUUUGUUCUCCAAAGAAAAUAAUGCAAAUCUUAAUCUUGGAAGGCUUGUUAAAACUAUAGCUUUAGAUCCGCAUUAUUACAAGCUUGGUGCAAAUAAAAGAUUUAUUACAGGAGAUGACAAAUUAACUUUAUAUGAACGUACAUUUCUGGGAAACCUCAAAUCCACUAUUCUCUGUGAAAGUGAAGGUCUUGUUAGAAGUCUUUGUUGGGGUGAAAACUUUUUGGCAUGGUCUAGCAAUAUUGGUGUUAGAGUUUAUGACAUGACUGCCAGAUGUUCUUUAGGACUAAUAAAAUGGGAGGAUAAUUACGGAGUUUCAGCAGACAAAUUUAGAUGUAAUUUACGUUGGGCUGAUAGUAGAACCCUUUUAAUUGGUUGGGUAGAUACUGUUAGAGUUUGUGUGAUAAGAAAAAGGAGUAAUAUAGAACUCGCUAAUAGAGAUCUGCCAGAAUAUCUAGUGGAUCCAAUAUCGACGUUUCAGACUGAAUUUUACAUAAGUGGUAUUGCGCCGUUGGAUCAGCAGUUGGUAUUAUUAGGCUUUCCAAAAGAAUUAGACGAAAAUAACAAGUCAUUGAGGCCUCAAUUGUAUAUAGUAGAAUACAGAGAUAAUGAUUAUACUGAUAAUUGUACUGAUAGUUUAUCCUUAAGAGGGUACGAAGAAUAUGGCGUCAAUGAUUACCACCUUGACGUACUUUUGGAAGAAAAUCGAUUUUUCAUUGUAGCUCCAAAAGAUGUCGUAGUUGCCAGCCCAUACGAUUUAGAUGAUAGGAUUCAAUGGUUUAUACAACAUAACAAGUUUGAUGAGGCGUUAAACAUCAUCAUGCAAAAUACGACUAGAAAUAUUCAGAGACAUACAGUUCAGUCUGUCGGAAUCGAUUAUUUGGAUCAUUUGCUCAAUAGUGGAAUGUAUGAUGCUGCUGGUCAGUUGGGUUUAAAAAUUUUUGGCAAAAGUCCGACAUUAUGGGAAGAUCAAAUAUAUAAAUUCGCUAGUGUACAUCAAUUACGUUCAGUAAGCCCUUACAUUCCACAUACUCUCGAAUCUAAGUUGAAUCCUCAUAUUUACGAGAUGAUAUUAUAUGAAUACCUGAAAUUAGAUGCAAAUGGAUUUUUAACAUUGGUCAAAGAAUGGAAUUCCGGCCUUUACAAUAUAGCGGCAGUUAUAAAUGCAGUAUUAGAGCAUUUAUUAAAUUGUGAAAUUGACAAAAAUAUCUAUCUAGAAGCACUGGCCAUUUUGUACAGUUAUGAAAAAAAAUAUGACAAGAGCUUAUCGAUGUAUCUCAAAUUGAAACAUAAGGAUGUUUUUACAUUGAUCCAAAAAUAUAAUUUAUACAAUGUUAUCCAUGAUAUGUUGUUGGAUCUUAUGGAUUUAGACCACAUGAAAACUAUCGAUCUGUUACUUCAGAAAAAUACGAUAUCUUCAGAUAGAAUAGUAGAGAAGCUGAGAGAAAAUCAAUUACAUCUUUACAGGUAUUUGGAUGAAUAUGAUAAGAAAAAUCCCAAAGGGAAGUAUCACAAUGAAUUAGUGAGACUGUAUGCAGUUUUUGCUAGACCGAAAUUAUUAACAUUUUUGAAAAAAUCUGAUCAUUAUCCCAUUCAAGAAGCUUUGGACAUAUGCCAGAAAGAAAAAUACUAUCCAGAAAUGGUUUACUUAUUAGGCAGAAUAGGAGAUACAAAAGAAGCUUUGACUUUAAUUAUAGAUGAAUUGAAAGACAUGCAACACGCUAUUUCUUUCUGUCAAGAGCAUGAUGAUCCCGAUCUGUGGAAUGAACUUAUCAAUAAAUGUGUUGAAAACCCAGAAUUUAUAACAUUUUUGUUGCAAAGUAUUGGAUCGUACGUGGACCCAACUAUGUUGAUUUUGAAAAUAAAAAAGGACACCAAUAUACCAGGUUUAAAAAAUUCAUUGGUUAAAAUGUUGAGUCAGUAUAAUCUGCAGGUGUCUGUUCAAGAAGGAUGUAAAAAAAUUUUGGUUUCUGAUUAUUUUAAUUUACAAAAAAAAUUGGUUAGAGUACAUCAAAAAGGGCUUUCUCUAAUGGACGACUUACUAUGUGCAUCCUGUACGAGAAAAGUUAUAGAACGAGAUUCUUCGAGAGCCUCUGAUAUUGCCGUUUUCAAUUGUAAACAUAUAUUUCAUCUGCAGUGUAUUCCAAAAAAUAUGACAAAAUGUGGAAUCUGCUAUGCUACUGAGCAAAAAUGAAUUUGGAGAUAAAUUAUCAGUGGACCUAAAGAUAAUGCGUGUUUCCCUCCAAUGAAAAAAAAAUAAUUUUAGGUGCAUAAAGAUAUUUAUUGUUGCUCUUCAAUUCAAGUAACUCAUUCUGGCUAAUUUCAUGGGACAAAGACUUUGGAAAAAGUCCAUUGUAAAUGUUAAAAUAUUUUGUGGUUUCAUUAAAAUUAUGUUAUUCAAAUAGUCUGCUAAAAUAUUUUUAACUUCAGGGUGAUCAUGCAUGUAAGUCUUCAUUUUAAUUUCAGCUUCCGUCUGUAACAUAAAAAUUGUGAUUUUCAAGUUUCAAUGUUAACUAUGAUUAAAAUAAAAAAAUACCUUGUAGUCUAAGUAUUUGAAGAAAAGCUGCAAGUCAUCAUACCAAGUAUUUUCGAGACCUUUUCUGUCGUAAGGACUGGGUUUUCCUAUGCUUACGAAUUGUAAAGGGUUAAUAUUAAUAAUAUAGUUACAACCAUCCCAUUCUUGGGUCACUAUUCUGCCUGAAAGUUAAAAAUUUCAUGAUAAUAAAUCUCCAUAGAAUGUAUAUUUUUAGGUUAAUUAGUAUUUACUACAAUGAAAAGAAGAUAUAUGGAAUCUGUAUAAAAUUAAGGUAUAAAAGCCACAGCAAGUUAAUUUAUGAAGGUGUAUAGUUUUAAUAUUUAGGUGCAAAUAUAAUUUUAUAUUAUAAUUAAAAGUUUAAAACCAA